GAAAAAGCAGCUGACUCACUUCUGUUUUCUUCCUUUUCUCAAAAGUAACCGAAAGUAGAAAUCUUCCCACAGGUUAAAUUUUCCCAUUGAUUCUCUUAUUCUUCUUCAAAGAUUCCUCACACCCUUUUUACUAUUCAUACUUGUAAACCUUUUUUUUUAAUUUUUAACUAGACCAGAGAUUAAGAAGCUGGAGAAGAAGGUGGUUUGGUUAUUUGUGUAAUGGAAGAUGGGGAUGUAUCAGGUUCUACAGAUGAGAAUAAAGCCACAAAAAUAGUACAAAGAAGUGAAAAUAUUAAUGGUAAUGACAAAAAUGUGGAGAUUUCAGUAGCUACAGCUUCUACUAUGUUUCCUGGGUUUAGGUUUUGUCCGACAGAUGAAGAGCUGAUAUCGUAUUACUUGAAGAAGAAGGUUGAAGGGUCUGAUAAAUGUGUUGAAGUUAUUUCUGAAGUUGAGAUUUGGAAACAUGAACCUUGGGAUCUCCCAGAUAAAUCCAUUGUUCAAUCAGAUAAUGAAUGGUUCUUCUUCUCUCCUCGUGGAAGGAAAUACCCGAAUGGCUCGCAGAGUAAAAGGGCAACUGAGUCUGGUUACUGGAAGGCCACAGGAAAAGAACGUAAUGUGAAGUCUGGUUCUAAUAUGAUUGGCACAAAAAGAACCCUGGUGUUCCACACGGGUAGGGCACCGAAAGGACAGAGAACACAAUGGAUAAUGCAUGAAUAUUGCAUGACUGGAAACUCUUAUUAUCAGGAUUCAGUGGUUGUUUGCCGCCUCCGGAAGAAUAAUGAGUUUCAUUUGAAUGACACCCACGGAAACAGAAGGAAUCAUCUGGCAAAUGACUGCGCCACUGCUUUGUCUGGAGCAGGACAGUUGGACAGUUUGGAGUUGAUAAAUGGAGGGGAUUGCUGUUCAAAAGAGGGUAGCAGCAGUUUUAGUUCUCAUUCGGUUGAGAAGAUUGAAUCUGGGUCUUCCGAUAAGCUGACUAAAGAGUUGCCUCAGCAUCAUUCCUCUAGUCACUGGAAGGAUUGUGAUGAAGAGGACUGUUUUGCUGAUAUAAUGAAAGAUGAUAUCGUUAAGCUAGAUGAUUCUUCAUAUAAGGCAAGAUACAAUCUGUUGCCAAUAGUCAAUAGGAAGCCUGACUCAUCUACAAAUUCAUCAACCGAGGAAUCCCAAGAUCUAAUGUCUCAUAGGCUGCCUUUCCAGGGUACUGCUAAUCGAAGACUAAGACUACAAACGGAAAUAGUGCCCCGUCGAGUAGAGAGAUCUGAAGCAUAUGAAGCUAAUAAGAAGAACGGCCGUGCUGUGGAUUCCAGUAGACAUUUGAGGAUUAACAUAAUUCCAGUAAGAAGAAUAAAACAAUGGUCGAUACCUCUGCUUCUGGUUUCCUUGGCGUUACUGGUCAUAUUUCUUUGUAUGUUUGGACUUCCACAAGUAAAAUGGCUUAGGCAUCUUCUUGUUAUUACUCCAGCUGAAGUUAAUACCAGACCUGCAUAGAUCUCUUUAUAUAGUAUUUCGGGUGGCAGUUCAGAGGAAAUUGGUUCAACUUUUGAUAUGCACGAAAAGGUAGCAGUUGAAAGAAGUUUGGCGGCUUAUGUCCCCUAUGAUCUGCAGUUUUCCAGCAAAACUAAAAUUUAGAGAUGACACCUUGUAAAUUUGUAUAGUUGUAUAGUAGUAACAGAACUUUAGGGUGCUGUCUAACUUUACAUUUUUGUAUAAGCCCUUGUAAAGAUAUCUAGUUGUAUAAUACCCCGCCGUCGCACGGCGGCUCUUCAUAUUUUUCUGUAUGAACAAUUACCAAUUUUGGGUU